GUGGGAGCAGCCGCCAUGGAGGAGCCCGCGGCGCACAACGGCAGCGCCGCCGGGGCCGCGCCCGGGGCCGGGACCCCCGCCCGCCCGCCCGCCACCCCCGAGGGCAUGGCGCUGGCCUACGGCAGCCUCGUCCUCAUGGCGCUGCUGCCCAUCUUCUUCGGGGCGCUGCGCUCCGUCAGCUGCGCCAAGAGCAAGAACUCCUCGGAGAUGCCAGAGACCAUUACCAGCCGAGACGCUGCUCGCUUUCCCAUUGUUGCCAGUUGCACCCUCCUGGGCCUCUACCUCUUCUUUAAAAUAUUCUCUCAAGAGUACAUCAAUCUUCUGCUUUCCAUGUAUUUCUUUGUGCUGGGGAUCCUGGCCUUGUCCCACACUAUCAGCCCCAUGAUGAACAGAUUCUUCCCUGCAAAUUUCCCCAACAAACAGUACCAGCUCCUCUUCACCCAGGGCUCCGGGGAGAGCAAGGAGGAAAUAGUGAAUUAUGAGUUUGACACCAAGGAUCUCGUGUGCCUGGCCUUGAGCAGUGUUGUGGGGGUCUGGUACCUGCUGAGAAAGCAUUGGAUUGCCAACAAUCUCUUCGGGCUGGCAUUCUCCCUCAACGGGGUGGAGCUGCUGCACCUGAACAACGUCAGCACUGGCUGCAUCUUGCUUGGGGGCCUCUUCAUCUAUGAUGUGUUCUGGGUCUUUGGCACCAAUGUGAUGGUGACAGUUGCCAAAUCAUUUGAGGCCCCAAUAAAACUGGUUUUCCCUCAGGACCUGCUGGAGAAGGGGCUGGACGCCGACAAUUUCGCCAUGCUGGGACUGGGAGACAUUGUCAUUCCGGGGAUCUUCAUUGCCUUGCUGCUGCGGUUUGAUAUCAGCCUGAAGAAGAACACGCACACGUAUUUCUACACCAGCUUUGUGGCCUACAUCUUUGGGCUGGGCCUCACCAUAUUCAUCAUGCACAUCUUCAAGCAUGCCCAGCCUGCGCUGCUGUACCUGGUCCCUGCCUGCAUUGGAUUCCCACUUCUGGUGGCCUUGGCAAAGGGAGAAGUAACCGAAAUGUUCAGCUACGAAGAGAGCUCAACCCCCAAGGAGGCAGCAGGGGCUUCCAAAGAAGAGCCAACAGAAGCCUCCAAGAAGGAGAAGUGACCUUGCCCGUGGGCCAUGCCCGGUGCUGCUGGGCUGGGGCCCUUCAAGACCCUUUGCAAGUGACAGACGACGAAACAAUUGUGCAAGAGCAUCGUGUUGUGUGUGUUGGAGCAGCCACCCAGGUGGGGUAUCGAUGUAUGCCGGUUUUUAAAUUUUGUAUUGUGCAUUUGCUUUCUCUCAUAUUAAACCAUAUUGAAGGAA